GCGGUUAGUUUCGUUUUGAACGUGGAUGUGAACGUAGCAAGCGCGUUAAAAGAAAUAAAAAAUAUACACAAAAAAUAAAUUAAGAAAAAAUUAAAAAAAAACGUUUACAACAAAUGUAACAAUUUAUAACAAAAUAAAAAACACAUUUAAAAAAAAAAUCUAAUAGAAAUUCAAAAAUUUCAUUAACAAAAAUUUUAAACACAUUUUUCUAUUAAAGAAAUAAAAAGCGUUUUUGUGUUACCAAAAAGAAAAAAGUGUGAGCAAAAAAGUUUUAUGAAAAGUGUUGUGGAAAUGAAAGAUUCAAUGACCAUAUUACAACCUUCCUUAACGAAUACCGAACAUCAAAAAAUGUCCAAUAUGAAACCGAAUCGUUCACGUUUUAUGAUUAAUGACAUUUUAGCGGGUAGUGCAGCGGCCGCUGCAGCUGUUGAGGCGGCCAAUGCAGCAGCCGCUUUCUACAAACAGCAGCAACAAAAUAUUAAUAACAACAACAAUGAGGAACAAUCACCUUCAAAUUCUCCACAACAUCAACAAUCCCAACAGCAGCAGCAACAGCAAUUACAGCAUGCCCAACAGCAACAUCACCAUCAUCUUCAACAACUUCAACAGCAACAUCUCCAGCAGCAACAACAACAACAUCCUGCACAUCAUCAUCCUUCAAUACCUUUGGGGCAUUCUCCACAUCCUUUGGCUCAUCAUCAAAAUGGCUCUGGAAUACCUCAUCAUCAUACACCUGCCCCUCAUCAUAAAAUGCAUUUUCCCGUCGGUGCCACACAAAUCGGUUCGAAUGGUUUAAAUGUGGCUCAGUAUGCAGCCGCAAUGCAACAACAUUAUGCCAAUGCCGCUAAUGCUGCAGCAGCAGCACGUGCUGCCGCUGUUGAGCGUAAUCAUGGUGUUGAUUUGGAUGAUAGCAGUGAUUACCAGGACAAUGAUGAUUGUGACAGUGAUAAUGGCAGCGGUGGAGGUGGUGGUGGUCAUUUGGAUGAUAACAGCGUUUGUAGUAAUGGCGGCAAAGAUGACGAUGGCAAUAGCAUUAAGAGCGGCUCCACCAAUGAUAUGAGUGGCUUGAGUAAAAAGCAGCGCAAAGCUCGUACUGCCUUUACCGAUCAUCAGUUACAGACAUUGGAGAAAUCUUUUGAACGACAAAAAUAUUUAAGUGUCCAGGAGCGUCAAGAGUUGGCUCACAAAUUGGAUUUGAGUGAUUGUCAAGUUAAGACUUGGUAUCAAAAUAGAAGAACAAAAUGGAAACGUCAAACUGCUGUUGGCCUAGAGCUUUUAGCUGAAGCUGGCAACUUUGCUGCCUUCCAACGUUUGUAUGGUGGUUCACCCUAUAUAGGAGCUUGGCCCUAUCCCGGAGCCCAACCUGGCCAUGGUGGUCCACCUGCUUCCUCAAUUGAUUUGUAUUAUAGACAGGCUGCUGCAGCAGCUGCUAUGCAGAAACCUUUACCCUAUAGUCUAUAUGCUGGAGUGCCAAAUAUGACACAUUUAGCUGGUCUACCAGUAGCGGCAGCUGCCGCCCCCUUCUCACAUCUAACCGCUUCUAGUUCUUUAUCCUCCCUAAGCAGUUACUAUCAAACGGCCACAGGGGCUCAAGCUACUUCCCCCACGGCAGCCAAUGGCGGCCCCACAGCUAGCACCCCUUUGGGUGUAAUUAAACCCAUAGCUACCACCCCCUCACCUACUCCUCUAGCAGAAUCAUCACCUAUACAACGUCCCGAUACCCGAUCUCCCAGUCCUACUUUAAAUCCCGGUAGUCCACCCGGACGUUCAGUAGACAGCUCUUCACAAGCCCAGUCUGAUGAUGAAGAUCAUAUACAAGUUUGAAGUUAAAACAACAAAUUAAUUAUUUAUUAAAAACAAAUUUAAAAAAAUAAACAAGAGAUUAAAGGAAUUAUUAAGAUUAUUAAAAAUAAACAUUUUUAGUAAAACAACUAAUUAAGAUAAAGU